AAUUUAUCUUGGCUAACGUCGGAAGUUACAUCAUCACGUUUUAAAAGUAAUUGCGUCGUUUUUUUCUUAAGUUAGCGCGAGAAGAACUUUCUAUUUCAAACUAAUGUCAAUUUACUGAAGAACGAGAACAGCUCUUUAUCCUUAUAAAAGCCAUAUGCCGGUUUGAAAUUCAGAUGGCCGAUUUAUCUUUGCUCCCCGAGCUUCCGCUGAACAUCAACGACGACGUGUUGGAGCUGAACAAGGAUUUGGAGAGAAUUAUAGAAGACGUUGAAAAUAUAUCAGUGCAGCUGACUUGGAUGGCUUAUGACCUGGUGGCGCUGCGGACCAGUCCUGAGCUGGGGGCCGCUAUGGAGAAACUGGAAGAAGCCUAUCCUAGAUGCUUUGCUGUUGUCUGUGGAGACCAAAAACAGGAGCCAGAGAUGGACAUGUGUCCUGACUCUACUGCCACUACACCUACUCAGAUGUGAUUUCAGAGUUUUUAGUUUACAAGAAUACAUCACUGAGCUGAAGUGGAAAUGCUUGAUAAAGCUUGUAAAUGUUGUUUCAAAGUAAAUGCUAAAGCUCUGUUUUAAUGUUUACUGUGCUAUGGAGAAGCAGGUCUUUGGACUGCUGUUUCUGCUCUAAGCCACACUGUAA